UCAGUAACUUGUGUGUUUGUUUCCAGAUAAUUACUGCGAUGCCAUGAUUGCCACCAUGCAGUACGACGCUGAGGAUCCAGUCGUCGGUACAAGCACUGAAGAACAAACAAAAGAAAGACGCACAUCUACACAACCGACAAUGGAAGACUUGGCGAACAAGUCUAGCUACAGUAUAGUAGAUGUAACCAUGGACGAGCCAAACGAUAGCAUUCUACAACCAAACGCAUCCCAGUCAUUUAUUGACAAUAGGAACAAUAUUUCAGCACAAAUCGAAAAUUAUCUCUCUCAAAUUCAAGAAGCUGGGUCUUACCUCUUAAAUUUACUAAAAGAGGACGUAGUACCAAGACGGGAAAAAAGGAUUGUCCACGUGCCGCCGGAGUUCGACGAAAAUGACACAAGAUGGACACUGAGACAUCGGCAGCCGGGCCCGGGGCUGAAAGAGCUCAUUGAAAACUCCGAAGUGUAUGUUGAGGUGGAUAAACUUAAUAGAUACACAGAAAAGAACAAAUUGGAUAAUAAUGCAGUGAACGUGCUGUUUGAAUUCGUAAAGGUUUUGCUUCUAGAAUGGGUUGGCCUGCUGUUGAUUUAG